AACGCAGGGCAUGCCAAACUCCUGAAAUCACUACAAAUCCUCUUAUCUGCCCAAUCUGCUGCUUUCCUCACCAUUAUGCCCUCCCAUUUCCUCUCCCCGUGCCUGUGAACCCACCAUGAGUGGAGAGUGUAAUCCAACUGGAUUACAGUGUAAAUUGGGUGAUGGAGGAUUGGGCUCUGUUAGUGAAACUCAACUGCGGGACACAGUUGUUGUGACUCUACACUGAUCAGGGUUUCCUAUUUGUGUAGAUUGAAUAAGUGUUUAUUUUAGGGAUUACUUCAUAAAACCACAAAUUUUUCAGAGCAUCUAUCAGAAGUUAAUGAAGUAGAUCAUAACAUAUUGAUUGGAUUGGAUAUAAAAAGAAGAAGAAAGAAGACACGAUCAGAAAAUUUAUUGGAUUACUUGGAUUAUCUGUUUCAGCCAGAAUAUGAUGAGCAUUGAUUAGUUUACUUUGUCCAGGGAAAGUUUUUGGAUGACCUAGAAGAACAUGACUCUUCUGAUGUGGAUAACCAGGCCUUCUGGACACUUUGGGAUGUUUAAUCUAUACAGUUGAUGUGGACCUCUGAGUGGUCCAGGGAGGAAUAUGAAGCGAUUUAAGACAGCAUGAGGAAAUAUGCAAAUGGCAGUCGGGAUAUAUUUUUAGUAGGAAUAUUGGAGUAGUGGACACGGACUCUUGAUAGUACCGAUGUGGCAUUUAAGGAUGGUCAUCAGCAUCAUGUGUUGCCGAAGAUUUUCUUGGGUUAUAUUCCUCAUGGUCUAUGUAGGCUGGCUCUGUAUCUCUACCAAUGCUCAAAUGAGGAUUCCACCUGAAACGGUUCAAAAAUGGGCCAAUACUCUUUCAGAGCAAAUAAAUGCCAUUGCGUCAAAAUAUUCUGGAGCUGCUCUAUUACAAAAGAAACUUAAAGAUGUCGAGCCCAUCAUUAAAAUCGAGGAGUUGGAUGGAGCACGGCUGGUCCUGGAAUUUUCCGAUGAAAUCGAGAGAAUGCUGGGAAGCAAGAUGAAAUCUGUUAAGAGGCUUGCAGACACAGCUGAGGAUGCCGAUUUGUAUCAUGAGUUCAAUGCAUCAUUAAAGUUUGACUAUUACAAUUCGUUAUUGGUGAAUACUAUGGACGAAGAGGGAAAUUUCAUCGAGCUUGGAGGUGAAUUUCCACUAGAGGAGAAUGAGCAUUUCAACAAGCUUCCCGUUAACACUUUAAUGAGCGCCAUCCAGGUUCCAACCAAUGUCUACAACAAAGAUCCAGAGAUUCUUAAUGGAGUGUAUAUGUCCGAAGCCUUAAAUGAUGUGUUCAUAAGUAACUUUCAGAAGGAUCCAACCCUCACGUGGCAAUAUUUCGGCAGCUCGGCAGGGUUCUUCAGACUUUAUCCAGGAAUAAAAUGGACCCCUGAUUCAAAUGGUGUUGUUUCUUUCGACUGCAGAAACAGAAACUGGUAUAUCCAGGCUGCCACUUCUCCUAAAGAUAUCGUCAUCGUGGUUGAUGUCAGUGGCAGUAUGAAGGGUCUGAAAAUGACCAUUGCCAAACACACCAUUAACACUAUCCUGGACACUCUUGGCGAAAAUGACUUUGUCAAUAUUAUUGCAUACACCGAUUAUGUCCGCUAUGUGGAGCCCUGUUUUAAAGGAACCUUGGUGCAAGCAGACUUGGACAAUCGCGAGCAUUUCAAACUGCUUAUAGAAGAACUUCAAGUAAAGGGAGAAGCAACAGUCAAAAAAGCCAUGAAGGAGUCUUUCCGCAUCCUUGCUGACGCCAGAGCAAAUGGUCAGGGCAGUCUAUGCAACCAAGCAAUUAUGUUGAUCACAGAUGGAGCCAUGGAGGAUUUCCAAUCUGUGUUUGAAGAGUUCAACUGGCCUGACAGGAAGGUUCGCGUUUUUACUUAUCUUAUUGGCAGAGAUAUGACCUUCUCAGAAAACACCAAAUGGAUUGCCUGCAACAAUAAGGGGUAUUAUACUCACGUCUCUACACUGGCUGAUGUACAAGAGAACGUCAUGGAGUAUCUUCAUGUUCUUAGUCGACCAAUGGUCAUCAACCAUGACCAUGACAUCAUCUGGACUGAGGCGUAUAUGGACAGUGUGGUGUUCAAAAGCAAAGCACACAGUCUGCUGCUCAUGACGUCUGUGGCCAUGCCAGUGUUUAGUAAGAAGAAAGAAACACUUUCUCAUGGCAUACUGUUAGGAGUUGUGGGAACUGAUAUCCCUCUUCUGGAAGUCAUGAAAAUUGCCCCACGAUAUAAGCUUGGUACACAUGGCUAUGCCUUCCUCAUCACAAACAAUGGAUACAUCUUGGCACACCCUGAUUUGAGACCUCUGUACUAUGAUAAGAAGAUUUUAAAGCCUAAGCCGAACUACAACAGUGUAGAUCUGUCAGAGGCAGAGUGGGAAGACAAAGAAGACAGUCUAAGAACAGCCAUGGUGAAAGGAGAAACCGGUACUUUGACUUUAGAUGUGAGGGCAGCUGUUGAUAAAGAGAAAAGACCCUUGUUCCUAAAAAAUGAUUAUUUCUACACAACUAUCAACGAGACUCCUUUUAGUUUUGGAAUGGUGCUUACAAGAGGUCACGGACAGUACAUGUUUUUUGGAAAUGUUUCUGUGGAGGAGGGCCUUCAUGACCUACAGCAGCCAGAUCUCACUUUGGCCAAUGAAUGGACUUAUUGCGAGACAGAUAUUGACCCACACCAUCGCAAACUCACUCAGCUGCAGGCUGUGGUCCGAUACCUGACUGGGAAAGAGCCAGAUUUAGAGUGUGAUGAGAUUCUGCUGCAGCAAACAUUGUUUGAUGCUGUGGUAACGGCACCACUGGAGGCUUACUGGACAGCACUUACACUUUCCGCACAGGGUGUAGAUGAAGGCAUGGAGACGGCUUUCCUUGGAACCCGCUCGGGUCUGAUGCGUGUCAUUAGAUAUGCAGGAAGUGAGAAACAAGUGGGGAAAAAGUUCUUGACCCCCAUUGACAAAGAAAACCUCUUCACUGUGGACCACUUUCCCAUCUGGUAUCGCCUGGCUGCUGAGAACAAACCUGGUCAAUUCUUCUUUUAUGUCCCUCAAGAUGGCGUGAACAAAGGGAGGAACACUUUCGUGGCAGUGACAUCCGUCACGGUGACAGAAGGGAAAAGAACAGCACUUGCUGGAGCUAUUGGAAUGCAGGCAUCUCUGGAUCUAUUAGAAAGAGUUUUCUUUUCUGUUACAAAACAACCAAACGACACGGAUUGCAGUGAUGUGGAUGGUAUUUGUCCUCUCAGCUGUGAAAGCAUUGAUGUUAACUGUUACCUAGUUGACAAUAAUGGUUUCAUACUGAUCUCAAAGGACAGAGGAGAUGUUGGGAAAUUCUUUGGAGAAAUAGAUGGAUCUGUGAUGGGCCAGCUACUCAAAUCAGGCUUGUUUAAAAGGGUGACAUUAUAUGACUACCAGGCCAUGUGUAAGAAUGCUCACCACCACUCUAGUGGAGCUAAACCACUGCUCAGUCCUUUCUAUGGUCUACUGGCAUUAAUAAAAUGGUUCUUCUCAAAUUUUAUGAUGUUUUUAUUGGAGUUCAACUUCUGCGGACUUUGGCAUAAUGACUAUGUAGUAGACGCACACAACAAACAGAAGAAAGCUGACUUAAUGCAGCCUUGCAACACCGAAUAUCCCGGCUUCAUAUAUGACACGUCAAUUCGAGAGACAAACAGCAUCAUCAAAUGUGGCCGUUGUCAAAAGAUGUUUGUUCUACAUCAAGUUUAUAACAGUAACCUGGUCAUGUUGGUGGUCCAGGCAGACUGUGACUGUUCUCGCCAAUAUGCUCCUAUCACUCUCAUGCCUAAGGAGGUCAAAUAUAAUGCCACAGUUAAGUGCAACAGGAUGAAAUCGCAGAAGAUUCGAAGACGACCGGAGUCUUGUCAUGCAUACCAUCCUCAUGAAAAUGCCAAGGACUGUGGUGGAGCAUGUGGGAUAUUCAUAUCUCUCAUACUGUUAUUUAUAUGUUUGGUCACGUCAUUAACCUUGAGAUGAUUAAAAAAUAUAUAUUAACAGCCAAGCAACAGGCCUGUCAUUGACCACAAAAACAAACAUGGCCAGGCUAGUGUUGCUUAAUACACAGCAAUCCCGUUCACUACUGGACACUGUACAGAUAAUAUUUUGUAGAUGUUCUCAGUGGGAUUAACUGAGUGUGAGAUAUAAUCUAAGAUUUUCUCUUGUGACUUGAUGUUAUACAUCAGCUCAAUAUUUUAAGGUGUAUAAUGAAAGUUUCAAUAAUGCAGCAAAUAUAGAGCAUUAUUACCUUUGUCAUUUAUACGUGUAAUAUAUAACACUGUAAAUAACACAAAUGUUAGCCAUAUAAGUAUAAAUGUAAAAAGUAAUGGUUGAAUGGAUGGAUUAAAACGUCUUGUACCAGUACCAAAAAUAUCAGUAUAAAAAUUGUAGCUACAUAAUGUUUCAAUAUGAUUACUAGGUAAAAAUAUAUACUCAAAGUAAAAAAUUACAUUUCAUAAAAUGUUUAUAGGUGAGGACAAAAUAUGAAAUUUAGUAAAUGUAAACUAAUUUCUUAAAGUGGUUAACUUAUCAAAGUUAACUAAUGCACGAUAACAUUUGAUUUUUGAAGAAUAUCUAAAUACACCACCACUUAUGAAAAAUAAUUAUGAUUUUUUUUUGUAUUAAAACCAGUAUUUAAAAAUUAACUACUUAACUAUGGUUUACUAGAUACCAUAAAUACCAUAGUUUAACAGUGAUGUUUAUCGUAAAACUACUGUAUGGUUACACAAAUGUUACUCUAUUCACUAUAAAAACAUAAUAACUACGCUUUUACUGUAAUAAAACCAUGCCACUGUAAAAAAAUGGAGCAUUUUGUUGGAAGUUGUUUAAUUAAAUUUUUUAAUUUAUGUAAACCGGUAAAAAUUUAAAAUAAUAUGUUAAAAAAGACUUGCAAAACCAAAUUGUUUUAAAUUCAUGCUGCA